GCGGAGGGAGCGGCGGCGGCGGCAGCUCCCGGGAGGAGGUCCAGGCCCGGGACUGGCCGAGGUGGCAGGAGGGGCCAGACAGACAGACGGACGGAAGGCUCAGGACAUUGCUGCUGGGGCAGUUUUUAAACUUUCUUCUUGUUUUUAAAGUUUGAACUUUUAAAUUUUAUUUUAUUUAAAAAAAAAAAAAAAGCAAAACCUCUCAGCCUACCCCUAUCCCCACGAUGCCGUCCAACGGGUCUAUCGACACCAGCAGUGCUGCUCCAGACAGGGAGACACCCGACACUCACAAGCAGAGGGAAGAGGAGCUGGAGGAGAACCGGAGCAAGGAUGAGAAGCAGGAAUCAGGGACAGCCACGAGGAAAGCGGGGCGGCCUGGCAGGAAGCGCAAACACGCCCUGGUGGAAAGUAGUGAAGCAUCCAAAGACACUGCCUCAGUCCCAAAGUGCCACCCCCCCUGCCAGGAUGCUGUCUCCACGGAGCAGGUGCUCAAUGGAGACCUGGAGACAGACAGUGCCCAGUGGAAAGGCCUGGAGGACAGCGACGGGACCCCGAAGGGCGGGCAGCAUGGCGAGGACGAGACAGACAGCCUCCCAGACAGCGAGACGGGCCAGGCCCUGGAGAACGGGCGCUGCACCCCGAAGGACAGCCCGGAUCCCCCGGCCGAUGAGGGUGAGCUGGCCCCUUCCGCCCCCCAGAAGAAGAGAGGCAAGAGGAAACUCUUGGAGACAGCUGGGAAAAGCAAAGAAGAGAAGGAAGAAGCUAACUAUGACUCCUUGAAAAUGGAGGGAUCCCGAGGCCGUCUGCGUGGCGGGCUGGGCUGGGAGUCAAGCCUGCGUCAGAGGCCCAUGCAGCGGCUCACCUUCCAGGCGGGAGACCCGUACUACAUCAGCAAGAGGAAGCGAGACGAGUGGCUGGCCAGAUGGAAAAGGGAGAGUGAUAAUCCAUCGGCAUCCCAGCUUGACAAGGCUGAGAAGAAGGCCAAAGUCAUUGCUGUCAUGAACGUGGUGGAGGAGAGCCCACGGGCAGAGCCUCAGAAGGAGGAGGAGGCCAGCCCGCCCGCCUCGCAGCAGCCUACAGACCCCGCCUCGCCCAACGUGGCCACCACGCCUGAGCCAGUGGUGGCCGACGCCCUGGACAAGAACAUGUCCAAGUCGGCUGAUGACGAGCCGGAGUACGAGGAUGGCCGAGGCUUCGGGAUCGGCGAGCUGGUGUGGGGGAAGCUGCGUGGAUUCUCCUGGUGGCCUGGCCGGAUUGUGUCCUGGUGGAUGACUGGGCGGAGCCGAGCAGCUGAGGGCACCCGCUGGGUCAUGUGGUUUGGAGAUGGCAAGUUUUCCGUGGUCUGCGUGGAGAAGCUCCUGCCACUGAGCUCCUUCUCCAAUGCCUUCCACCAGGCCACGUACAACAAGCAGCCAAUGUACCGCAAAGCCAUCUACGAGGUCCUGCAGGUGGCCAGCAGCAGAGCAGGGAAGAUCUUCCCAGCAUGCCCCGAGAACGACGAGACAGACACUUCCAAAGCGGUGGAGAUCCAGAACAAGCAGAUGAUCGAGUGGGCCCUGGGGGGCUUCCAGCCAUCUGGUCCCAAAGGCCUGGAGCCACCAGAAGAGGAACGGAAUCCCUACAAAGAAGUUUACACGGAGAUGUGGGUGGAGCCAGAAGCAGCCGCUUACCCCCCGCCUCCGCCAGCCAAAAAACCAAGGAAAAGCACAACGGAGAAGCCCAAGGUCAAGGAGAUCAUAGACGAGCGCACCCGAGAGCGGCUUGUUUAUGAGGUUCGCCAGAAAUGCAGGAACAUUGAAGAUAUCUGCAUUUCUUGUGGAAGCCUCAACGUUACCCUGGAACACCCUCUAUUUAUCGGCGGAAUGUGCCAAAACUGCAAGAACUGCUUCCUGGAGUGCGCGUACCAAUAUGACGACGAUGGAUAUCAGUCAUAUUGUACAAUCUGCUGCGGCGGCCGUGAGGUGCUCAUGUGUGGAAACAACAACUGCUGCAGGUGCUUCUGUGUGGAGUGCGUGGACCUGCUGGUGGGACCAGGUGCAGCCCAGGCAGCUAUCAAAGAGGACCCCUGGAACUGCUACAUGUGCGGCCACAAGGGCAUCUAUGGGCUGCUGAGGCGAAGAGAUGACUGGCCCUCACGCCUCCAGAUGUUCUUCGCCAAUAACCAUGACCAAGAAUUUGACCCACCAAAGGUUUAUCCACCGGUCCCAGCUGAGAAGAGGAAGCCCAUCCGAGUGCUCUCUCUCUUCGACGGAAUUGCCACAGGUCUGCUGGUGCUGAAGGACCUGGGCAUUCAGGUCGACCGCUACAUUGCUUCUGAGGUUUGCGAAGACUCUAUCACUGUGGGGAUGGUGAGACACCAGGGCAAGAUCAUGUACGUCGGUGACGUCCGGAAUGUCACCCAGAAACAUAUACAGGAAUGGGGCCCUUUUGACCUGGUGAUUGGAGGGAGCCCAUGUAAUGACCUCUCCAUUGUCAACCCUGCCAGGAAGGGUCUUUACGAGGGCACUGGACGGCUCUUCUUUGAGUUCUACCGCCUUCUCCACGAAGCUCGGCCCAAGGAGGGUGACGACCGGCCCUUCUUCUGGCUCUUCGAGAACGUGGUGGCCAUGGGGGUGAGCGACAAGCGGGACAUUUCACGCUUCCUAGAGACGCUAUACCAUGGCAAGCAUGCAGCCCGCUCAGCUCAGCCACCACUGUUGUGUCCUGGGUGCUGCUGGCAGCAGACGGUGCAGUAGGGCUGCAGACCAUUGUCAUGCUUCUGCUGCCACUCUGCUCUUCUGCGGACGCCAUACCAUGGCAAGCAUGGAGCCCGCUCAGGUCACCGCAGCAGUUAUGAGCACCGUAAACACCUCGCGCAUUAUCCUGCAGUAUAUGCAGCACCCAGAACCUGCAAAAGUAGACGAGGAGGUGAAUGCAACAUGGUGACGAGAGUGAUGAGGACCUGGACACAGACUUCUCUCUAAGUACGGUCCCUGGCAAUUUGGACAUCGUGGUGGUAAUGGGGCAAGUUCAUGCCGUGGAACACCGAUUUGGGGCCCAGGAAACAAGCACAGACUGGUGGGACCGCAUAGUGUUGCAGGUCUGGGAUGAUUCCCAGUGGCUGCGAAACUUUCACAUGUGUAAGGGCGCUUUCAUGGAACUUUGUGACUUGCUUUCCCCUGCCCUGAAGCACAAGAAUACUAAGAUGAGCGCAGCCCUCACAGUUCACAAGCGAGUGGCGAUAGCCCUGUGGAAGCUUGCAACGCCAGACAGCUACUGGUCAGUCGGGAAUCAAUUUGGAGUGGGCAAAUCUACUGUGGGGGCUGCUGUGAUCCAAGUAGCCAACGCAAUCACUGAGCUGCUGCUGUCAAGGGUAGUGACACUGGGAAAUGUGCAGGUCAUAGUGGAUGGCUUUGCUGCACUGGGAUUCCCUAACUGUGGUGGGGCAGUAGACGGAACGCAUAUCCCUGUCUUGGGACCGGACCACCUUGGCAGCCAGUACAUAAACUGAAAGGGGUACUUUUCAGUGGUGCUGCAAGCACUGGUGGAUCACAAGGGACGUUUCACCAACAUCAACGUGGGAUGGCCGGGAAAGGUACAUGAUGCUCGCAUCUUCAGGAACUCUGGUCUGUCUGAACGGCUGCAGCAAGGGACUUACUUUCCAAACCAGAAGAUAACCAUUGGGGAUGUUGAAAUGCCUAUAGUUAUCCUUGGGGACCCAGCCUACCCCUUAAUACCAUGGCUCAUGAAGCCAUACACAGGCACCCUGGACAGUAGUCAAGAGCUGUUCAAUUAUAGGCUGAGCAAGUGCAGAAUGGUGGUAAAAUGUGCAUUUGGACGUUUAAAAGGGCGCUGGUGCAGUUUACUGACUCAGUUAGACCUCAGCUAAACCAAUAUUCCCAUCUUUAUUACUGCUUGCUGUGCUUUCCACAAUAUCUGUGAGAGUAAGGGGGAGACGUUUAUGGCGGGGUGGGAGGUUGAGGCAAAUCGCCUGGUCGCUGAUUACAUGCAGCCCGACUCCAGGGCAGUUAGAAGAGCACAGCAGGGUGUGCUGCGCAUCAGAGAAGCUUUGAAAACCAGUUUCAUGACUGGCCAGGCUACUGUGUGAAAGUUCUGUUU